AUGGGGCUCUUUUGUAGAUCAGAAAAGAAGAAAAUACAGGCACCCAAGCCUCAAUACGGGUACGGACCUUCUAAUGAAACACAAAGACCACCACCGCAUCCCUCGACAAGACCAAACUGGUAUUAUGUCGAGGAACGUCUGAAUACAUCGUAUGGGUACCAUCAAAGUCAACCAGCACCACAAGGAUGGAUAGUUGCUCAAAUCGAACCUCCACCGCCGAGAUAUCAGCCUCAGCCACAUACUAUAAUGGCGCCGCCUCCUCUCCCACCAAGACCACAACGAUGUGGUGUUGCAUUGAUGAAUUUCCGAUCCGUCACAAACCUAUUGGCAGAGACAUCGAUGAAUGAUUUGCCGGGUGUGGCUGCCUUCAAUAAUGGAGUCGCAGUCAUGUCGCAACAGACUGUACAUCAUUAUAAUCAAACGACAGCUCUAUACGAUGCUUUAUCCUCGAAACUAUGCUCGGUUGUCACGUCGAUUGAUGAGGAAAGAUUCAGUGGGGACGACAGAGAUCUUACAGUGCCUCAGCAUUACGAUUCAGUAUGGCAAGAAGAGAAGCAAUUGGAGACAACAAGUCGAGACUUAACGCUGCGGAAUAAAAAGUCAAAAGCCAAUUUGAAGGAUGGCAAAUCAUCUGAAACGAAUUACUUCUCAAAGGUUCAUGACUAUGCCAACUCAAGAUUACCGAUGGAUCUAAAGCCAAUGAGAUUGUAUUUCAAUACAUAUCCCCUAAUCUGCCUCGCAUCUCUAUAUUCCGAACAAGUCUAUUCGAAACCGACUGGGCAAGAAAAAGAAACAAGAGUGAAUGCAGGAGGAAGGGCAGGAACUGUCAUGAAGAGUGUACCAAUUGAUGAUAGGGACAUAAUCGUGUUUGCGAUACGAGGAACCACACAUUCAUUCACGGACUGGGCUGUCAAUGUUAAAACGAAACCCACGUCGCCAGAAGGCUUCUUGGAUGACCCAGGCAACUUAUGUCAUUCUGGAUUUUUAGGUGCUGCCAAAGACUGGAUCAAACCAAUUGCAGCUCGGCUCCGUAAUCUCCUCCAAGAAAAUCCCAAUCGUACCUAUUGCUCUCUACUAAUUACUGGACAUUCUGCCGGCGGGGCUAUUGCCGCUCUAUUAUAUUCCCACAUGCUUUCGACGAGUCCCGAGGCCAAAUCGGAGCUCAAUGUCCUUACAUCAUAUUUCAAGCGAAUCCAUUGCAUCACAUUCGGUGCUCCACCCAUUUCCCUUCUACCAUUACAGAAACCCAAAACCGAAGCUGCUUCCAAAUCUAUCUUCAUAUCCUUCGUCAACGAGGGUGAUCUUGUCGCCCGAGCAGAUUUUGCCUAUGUGAGAUCGCUACUCGAUCUCUAUUCCACACCCGCACCUGGAACCUCUGUUCUGCAGCCUUUAAAAACAGGUCUCAAGACCAAAAAAUCCAGUAAUGCAUUUUCGGCCAUGAAAAAGAAACAUCCAAAAUCAGAUUCACACGUUUCUCUAGGCCCAGUGUGGCACGUUCCAGAAGCUACAUUGAGUAAUGCGGGAAGCAUCGUGCUCCUACGAGGAGUCGAUAGGUUGGGGAAUGCAGAGGGAUAUAAGAAACUUCUGGAGCGAAUGGAUGAUGGGGUGAUUGCGCAAAUCAUCUCGGAUGAAUUGUUGAGGGGGGUUGUGUGGGGUGAUCCCGUUAGUCAUAUGAUGAAGCUUUAUGCGAGGAGGAUUGAAAUAUUGGCUACGAAUGCGGUGAUGGGUCGUACGUGA